GGGAACCGACAAGCCACUUCCCAAGAUCCCACACGUUAUUAUUUUCGUUGCACACAUAUAUACACCUUGUUAUGGGUUUAAUUUGUAAUCUUAAUUCUUUUACGCGGGCUAGCUGCUGUCUCGACGCAUAUAAUUUAAAAAACACCUACUGCUACUGCAUUCAUGUAAUGUAAAAAAGACCAGGAUCGGCCUCGUCUUCCUCCAUCCCAAUGCGUGUUAGCACUGUAGCCCCACAAAUUUAUGAGAUCGAGCUCACAUUCUGUUUUCCUCUCUCCUUCUUUCAAGUCUUUACUGAUUGAUCAGGAGCGGAGUACUAUUUAUUACUGCUGCAUGCUCUCGAUCGCAUUAGCAAGUAAGCAGUGAGUGCAUGCGGCCAUGUUGCACCAAUGUGGGCACCGGCAGUGCUCGUGCGCCUCCGCCGUUCCCACACCCUCCUUCUCCAUUUUCUUCCCCAUGUCCGGGAGCAAGUCGUCGUCGAGAGGCGCCGCCGACGACGACGGCGAGGUGUUGCACGAGAGUAGUAAAUCUGACGAGUUCAACAGUUCAUCGGCGGCGGCGGUGACGACUGUGGUGGAUUGCACUUUGUCACUCGGCACCCCGUCUACUCGCCUCGUCGGCGAGAAGAAGAGCUUCGCGGCCUCAUCGUCGAGCUUCCGUUGGGAUGCCAUUCCCAAGAAGCAUGCUUCGCCGGCGGCCGCGGGAGGAGGAGACGACCAGUUUCUUCUAGCGCGCAGGUGCGCCAACUGCAACACCACUUCCACCCCCCUGUGGCGUAACGGCCCACGAGGCCCCAAGUCGCUGUGUAAUGCUUGCGGGAUCCGGUACAAGAAGGAGGAAAGGCGGGCGGCGGCAGCAGCGACUGCCCCGUCGACGUCGCUGUGCCUGCCAUCAUCGUCGUCGGCGGCGACUGAGCAGGCGUUGGGAUACGGAUACUACCGACAGACACCGCAGCAGUACUCGCCAUGGGGUGGUAAUUGCUAUGCUCCGACGUCGACGGCGAGCGUGGAGGACGUCGACGGCGACCUGCCUUAUCACUCCUGGCGACUCAAGCUUGUGCCGCCGCCGGCGAAGUUCUCGGCUGUCCGGCCCGGUCUUUUCCAGUACAACUAAUUAUGAACUAGCUAAUUAUCGCACCGUGUACUCAUCGUUAACCAGUAAUAUUCGUGGUUAUUGCUUAA